GUGGGAAUAUACAGAGAGUAGAGUUCGCUGUCAAAAGUGUAGUACUAGCUUAACGAGAGACGAUUGGUCGUCGUGGUCGCACAUGUGUUGUGCAGUACUGGUUUGUUAUUGCGGAGUGGAAUAGAGCGAGCAUUUCGCCUUUCCUUUUUGCACUCCCUCAAGAAGAAGACGUCAAAAGGCAGUAGUAGUGGAAUGGACAGCUGCUCGCUGCUCUCGUGAGGAUUUUCGUAAUCAUUUAAAGAAGAAAAUUUUGCGAUAUCCAGCUAAGGACAUUGAAGUGAAAGUUUUGGCGAAGGAAUUUAGGCGCUUAACAGGCAACCAUCACACAUCAGCAGCAGCAACAAGCGAGCAAAAGCAGUUUCUCCUGAGUCCGGGUGUGAAUGCGGUGGCAGUACCAAUAUACCAUCCACCAUACCUGCCAAUUCGCGAGCCCGCCUGCACGCGUUCAGCGGCGGCGUCUUCUUCUUCAGUAUCACCUGAGCAGUGCUGCAGUGAAGAAGUGCUACUCGGUGUUGCUUCGCGCCCCGUGUGUGUUUUAGCCGUGAGAGAGUGCGUGCGUGUCGCCUAGUGCAGUCAGUGUCCACUAUCCAGUCGACUCGGUUCAACCUAAGUUGAGCCGAAAUUUCAAGUUAAACCAGUGCGUUCCGAAUUGUCCUUGUUGACUGACUCGGAGAAAAGCUCAGCGCGGGAAAGUGCUUCGGGUCAAGAAGAAAAAAUGAAGGUCGGUCGGUUAUUUCGAGCGCACGGUGAAUUUUGUGCAUCGCACCCAUGGGAAGUGAUAGUGGCCCUGGUGACUCUAACGGCAUGCAUUAUAACAUUCGACAAAGGAAGUGCGGAUCCGUUCCAGCAGAGCUCGUCACGUUCCGGAUCCGGACGACCUUGCCCGAGCUGGCGGUUCAGUUCGGUCAGUCCGGAUGAAGCGUUUCGGUGCGAAGAGGUCGAACAGAACGGAAUCGAUGUGAUACUGAUGACCAUCGUUCGAUGCUCGGCCAUCCUCUACUGCUACUACCAUUUCUGCAACCUCCAGAAGCUCGGUUCCAAGUACAUUUUGGGUAUUGCCGGUCUUUUUACGGUGUUCUCCAGCUUCAUCUUCACAUCGACUGUGAUCAACUUCCUCGGUAGCGAAGUCUCCGAUCUCAAAGAUGCGCUGUUCUUCUUCCUGCUGCUGAUCGAUCUCUCCAAGGCUGCCAUUCUUGCCCAGCUGGCCCUGUGCGGUUCCAGCCAAUCAGAAGUUACGAUGAACAUUGCCCGUGGAAUGGAAAUUUUGGGUCCAGCCAUUUCGUUGGAUACUCUGGUAGAAACGUUAGUCAUCGGAGUGGGAACGCUGUCGGGUGUCCAGCGGCUUGAACUGCUCAGUGGAUUUGCCGUCUUAUCGGCGAUCGUGAACUACAUCGUCUUCAUGACCUUCUACCCUGCGUGCCUGUCGUUGAUUUUGGAUCUCUCGCGAAAUGCCGGCAACCUGAUCCAGAAGAACAAGAAGGAAAACCUGCUAGCCCGGGUGCUAACCGAAGAGGAUCAGAAACCGAAUCCGGUGGUGCAGCGCGUGAAGCUGAUCAUGUCCAGCGGGCUUAUGAUCGUGCACGUGCUUAGCCGGCUUGCCAUUUCAGAGAAAGACUCCGACACUGCCGAGCACAUCAUUGCAUCGCACUCGCACGAACAUUUGGCUGCCAUGAACAAAACCGAACCGAACGAGAUCUCAGAGUUUAUUAUGAGGUGGCUUUCGAUCAGCACCGAGCAGAUCGUGACGUACAUCCUGAUCAUUGCGCUGGGGGUGAAGUUUGUGUUCUUCGACCGUCACAAUCUGUCUGAUCAGAUUCUGCUAUCGGUGGCGAAUGAAGCGGCGGCGGCUGCUGCUGCUGCCGCUGCCGCAGCCCAAAAGCAGAAGCAGCUGGAGCUUGAGCUGGAGAGACCACAACCGGUGGCGACUUUCACCCUGGCCGAAACGGUACCAGUCGAGGAGAAGGCAACCCAAAGCGAACUGUGCUUGCUUCCGGGCCGAGGCCAACGAGCCAAGAGCAUGGGAGCGGAUGAUGAGCUGAACCUUGACGACUUGGAAGAUGAGCUUGUCGAGCGUGAGCCCAGACCGCUGGAAAUGUGCCUGAAGAUCCUGAACGAGACUGACGACGGCGCUGUCGGCUUGACCGACGAGGAAAUCAAAAUGAUCGUACGAGCUGGAAACGGGUAUUGUCCUCUGUAUAAGAUUGAAACCGUCAUUGGAGAUGCUGAACGAGGCGUAAAAAUUCGGCGGGAUAUGAUCCAGAAAGAAGCAAAUCUACCAGCGAAUGCUUUCAAGCAUUUAUCUUACAAGAAUUACGAUUAUUCUAAGGUUAUGAAUGCUUGUUGUGAAAAUGUUCUCGGAUACGUGCAGAUUCCCGUUGGCUACGCUGGACCUUUGAUUCUGGAUGGUGUUCGUUAUUACGUUCCGAUGGCUACUACAGAAGGAGCACUGGUCGCUAGUACGAACCGAGGUUGCAAGGCAAUUUCAACCCGAGGUGUUACCAGUUUUGUGGAAGAUAUUGGUAUGACACGAGCCCCAUGUAUCAAAUUCCCGAAUGUACUCCGUGCUGCCCAGGCAAAACGUUGGAUGGAAACUCCCGAAAACUUCGCGGUGAUCAAGAAGGCAUUCGACUCGACCAGCAGAUUUGCUCGACUGCAAGAACUUCACAUUGCCAUGGAUGGUCCAAUCUUAUAUGCACGAUUCCGCGCACUGACUGGCGACGCGAUGGGUAUGAACAUGGUGUCCAAGGGUUCGGAAAUGGCUCUCCGUGAAGUACAUCGCAGCUUCCCUGAUAUGCAGAUCAUUUCUCUAAGUGGCAACUUCUGCUCGGACAAGAAACCUGCUGCCAUCAAUUGGAUCAAGGGUCGUGGUAAACGCGUUAUCUGCGAAGCAAUCGUUCCUGCGGACAAACUGCGAACGAUUUUGAAGACGAACGCCCGUACUUUGGUUCAGUGCAACAAGUUGAAAAAUAUGACUGGAUCAGCGGUAGCCGGAAGCAUAGGAGGAAACAAUGCACAUGCAGCCAACAUGGUCACGGCAAUCUACAUCGCCACCGGUCAGGACCCAGCACAAAACGUCACCAGUAGCAAUUGCUCGACGAACAUGGAACCGUACGGCGACAACGGUGAAGAUUUAUAUAUGACCUGCACAAUGCCUUCGCUGGAAGUGGGAACCGUCGGGGGAGGUACCGGUUUGCCGGGGCAGGGAGCUUGUCUCGAUAUGCUCGGAGUGCGAGGAGCCCACCCAACGCAUCCGGCCGAAAAUUCCAAACAACUGGCCCGCGUCAUAUGCGCCACCGUCAUGGCCGGCGAACUGAGUCUUAUGGCCGCCCUCGUUAACAGUGAUCUAGUCAAAAGCCACAUGCGACACAAUAGAUCAUCGGUUGCCGUAAACCCUGGACUCCCAGCGACCGCUCAAUUGCAGUCAGCGCCCAGUUUGCUCACCGCCUGCAACAGCAGCAGUAGUGGCAGCAGUAGCAGUAUAGGCACAUCCCUGUCUGCCAAACAAUAACGUUUACUACUUAUAGGAACUACCUCAAGGAUAGGCGAAAUAACGGGAGCAGACACUAGAGUUUAGUCAGUCGAUCAGCAAGAAUAGAGAGUAUGUCAUAGGUAGUACAGUGCUAGUAGAGCGAGAGCAGCCACAACGCCGCAGCGUUGGCCUUUUUAAUCUAAGAGCAAAAACAGAGGAUCUAUCAGUAGGAAUCAAUCCCAUUUUUCUCCGAAUGCCGUUUCCUCGAACGUUUGUAGCUUGAAAAAUUUAGCGUGGAACGACAUUCAGAGCAAUGUUGGGAACUAUUUGUAGGCGUGUCGAAACAGCAAAACUGCGUCACAUUUUUACCAUUUUCUAUCAGAAAGUAAAUUAUACAUUAUAAACGUUGUAGGUUUUAAUUUUAAAAGAAUGCGCAACAAAUAAUGGCAUGGCAAAUCAUGAGAACCACCCAAAUUAAAAUCAAAGUGCAAGCAACCUUGUGUACAUAUAAUAACUCAAUGAUGAAUGUUUUAACGUACUCCUUGCAAAGCAGCAUAAGUAAAACUUGAAAAUUGCACUUGAACCACAUUUCCAGCCGUAUAAACCGGUCGUUGUUGUACAUAAUGUAGACUUUACGGUAAGAACAAAAAACAAACUCAUACAAGAUUAAUACAUCGAUCGAGAAGAGCUUCCACCGACGGAAGGAGCAAUUUGAAGCAUCAAACGAUGAGAAUCCAUUCGAUGGAGUAUUUAAUAAGGAGCGGGACCGGGCCUUGGCGGAAAUGUCCCGUCUCUUGCAACAAGACGUGCAUCAUCUACAUGCGUAACAUACUUAAAGCUGGACUUACGUGAAAGACAGAGGAAGGUAUUGACUCUAUAAAGAUCAUGUUUUAGGGAUUUUCAACACAUAAAGAGACUAAUUUUACGGAUUAACUACUAUUUAUAACUCCUAAACGAAGUGAAUAUUUUGGUGCUAAUUGCAAGAUGUUGAAAUAAAAAUUAGAAAAUCCUUGCAAA